AUGGCAGUUGAACCUGAAAAUAAAGUAUUUCGUAAUAUGGCCCUCAGCAAUAACACCAUUCAACGAAGAAUGGAUGAACUUGGGAUGUAUAUAAGCAGGGAAGUGAGCAUAUCACUUAGCAAAAGCCCAUUUUUUAGUCUGUGUUUGGAUGAGAGCAACGAUAUCACAAAAACAAAUCAAAUGUUGAUAUGUGUAAGAUGUUAUGACGUCGACCAAAAAGACUUUGCAGAGAAGUUCUUGUGCCUGACAUCAAUAAAGGAACGGGCGAGUGCAGUCAACAUUCAUAAAGCAAUCAAAGACAGCUUGAAUAAGUUGAAUGUUUCAUUGAACAAUUUGUGUGCUGCAACUGCUGAUGGUGCUGCUGUUAUGAAAAGUAAGCGAAAUGUUCUCAGUUUAAUUAAUAAAGACUGUGAAGGUGAAAUAGUUCUCCUCCACUGCAUUGUCCACCAAGAAGUUCUAGUUAGUAAAACUAUUAUCAAGCAUUUUGAUGAUGUUGAACUUCUAGUGAGGAAAGUGAUCAAUGUAAUAAACACUAUCAGUGUAUUGUCUAAUUCUUUCGAAUCACUAUGUGAAAUUAAUGAUGAAAAGCAUAAUGUGCUACUUAAUUACAAUCAUGUUCGAUGGCUAAGUUUUGAUCAUAGUGUUACACGCCUUUGUGAAUUAUAUGAUGAGGUUUUGCAUGCAUUGACCGAGAAACACAAUGAUAUAGUAGAAAUUUUGAGAAAUGAUAAUGUUAGAUGUUCUAUUCCAUUUUUGAAGGACUUUUUACCAAGGCUUAGCUCUAUUAAUAAGCAGCUACAAAAUAGGAGAUUAACAGUAGUUGAUGCCAUGUUUCUUACUGAUCAACUUAAAAACACGGCUAAAGGCCUGGCCUCACAGGUCAUCGAUAAUGAUCUCUCCAAUUUCCCCUCUUUAGAAAGUUAUUUGAGAGAAAUUUCAGACGAUACAGUUGAAACUAACAUACAAACUAAAAUAAGGUAA